AUGAAAUCCUCUUCUCGCGUGAAACAAAAGCUUCACGAUGCAUUAACAGAAAAAUUCGUUAAUAGUAUUCCAAGUCAAAAUGCCCGUGAUUUUAAAUGUCUUAGUAAUUUAGCUAAAGCGCGAUUAUCACAUGGUAAAGCCAAUCAAUCUAGAAUCGCUUAUCUUAUUCACCCAUCUAAAGGCCGUGUUGAAACAGAAAAUGGAAUGAUGGAAAUUUGUUGCAAUUUCUAUCAAGAUUUAUAUAAUGUUAAACCAAUCGAUACAUCCUAUUGGAGUGAGUUAUUCGAAGAUAUAACAACACUCAAUCAAAAUGACAUCGACUUACUUGAUCGUGAUAUAACAGCUGGUGAAUGUUUUGAAGCUCUUAAAGCUAUCCAAUUAGAUCGAGUUCCGGGUGAUGAUGGUUUAACGAUUGAACUAUGGAGAUUUAUUUUUCCAAUAAUAGGAGGUCAUUUUAUCAAGAUGGUUAAUAUAGCUAAAGAUAAAGGUCAUUUUCACGAUGGACUUCUUAAUGGUCUUCUUACUCUAUUAAAGAAAGAAAGUGAAUUUAAAGGAACUAUGAAGAAUUUUCGACCGCUCUCACUAAUGAAUAUCGACUAUAAAAUUAUAACCAAAGUAUUAAGUUCAAGACUAAAGAAGGUUAUGAACAAAAUCAUACAUCACAAUCAAAUAGCAGGUAUUCCCGGAAGAACUAUACAUGAUAAUAUACAUUUAAUACGUGCAAUCAUAGAUCAUCAUUCAAGAAACCGUAUACCGUUAGGAAUUACAAUGUGGGAUCAAGAAAAAGCUUUUGACAGAGUGAACCAUCUUUAUUUUUUCGAAGUGCUAAGGCAGUUUGGAUUUGGUAAUAAUUUCAUCAAUAUGAUUAAAUUGUUAUACACCAAUUCCAUAUUUACAAUUAAAUUUAACAAUAUCCUGAGUGAAAAAGUAUUCUUUAAUUCAGGAAUUAGACAAGGUUGCUCACUUUCUGGUUAUCUUUAUGUUUUGUGUUUAGAACUCCUGUUAAAUUUAAUAAGAAAAAACCCCAAGAUACCCGGCGUUUUAGUUCCAGGUAGUCAAUAUAGAUCCCUUGUUAACACAAUUCUUCAAAACGACGAAACAAAUAUUGAAAUUAAAACAUUAGCAUAUGCUGAUGAUGUAUGCACAUUUGCUUUUAAUACAAAUGAUGAAUUUGAAACUUAUGAACUGUUUAAAAAAUAUAGUUAUGCAUCAGGCGGUAAAACAAAUGAUACAAAAACAGUUAUCUUUUGGAUAAGUGACUGUCUCGAUCCUCCAUCUUUUAAUGCAAAAAUUGAAAGAGAGAAAUGUACUUUUCUGAGAAUACCAAUGGAUACUCAAGGUCAGUUACCACAAGAAGAAAUUGAUAAAAUGAGUACAUCCUUUUAUAAAAUUCCAAACUUGUGUUGGAAAAAAGAGGAUUGUGCUUUUGGUCUUAUACAUUUAGAAUCUAUGAUCAUUUCUUAUCGAAUUAAAUGUGGCUUAACAAUUACAAAUACAACACCGAAAAUAUGGACAUUUUUUGCAUUACCAUAUGUAGGUUUACAAUUAUACAAAUAUUCACCUUGGUUAUGGACGAAUCUAAUCCCACAUUUACACAACGAUAAGCAAUUUUUUAGUGAUGUAGCAAUACAUACUGCUAAAUGGUUAAAACGUGGGGGUAAUGUAAUUAAUAAUGGAAAUGAUAAAUCAAUCUAUUGGAGGUUUAUCAAUUUAAAUAUUUAUCAACCUCCAGUAUGUUACGAAAGGAUCAGUCACUUGAAAAAUAUACAAUUCUACAAGUUGAUACAUCAUAGAAUUCUGGGCAUCAUUAGCUAAUUAUGGAAUAAAUACACAUGAUAGACUUGGUAAAACAUUAGAAAAGAAGAAAUGUUUAUUCUGCUCAUUACCAGAAACAUUAUCACAUAUUUUCAUUACUUGCUCCUUUUUUAACGAGUUUUACACAUUGUUAUUUGAAUAUAUUAAAAAUAAUUUUAAUGUAUCAAUCCCAAGAAGUGAAAAUGAAAUCAUUUAUCUGGGAAUUGUCUCAUCAACAACAUCGAGGAUAUUUCAAAAACAAAUUACAUAUUCGAUUGGUAAUUACCUAUAUGCAAUUUGAUCAUAUAGAUGUAUCAUUAACAAUCGAAAUCAAAAAGAUCAUCCUGAUAAAUGCCAAGAUAGGUUUAUGAUAUAUACGAAAAAAUUUCCAUUUGAAAAUGGUUAACUGUUAGCAACAUUUGAUGGUACUUUAUGACGCUGACUGCUCAAGCAUAUCAUCAUCAUCCUCUCUCUCUUUUUUUUCUAUGUGUGUUUCGUUUAAUUAUAUACAUGCAUAUAUACAUAUGUAUCUUUCUCUCCUUCAUAGGUGCUGUUCGAUAGAUUGCAUAUAUGCAUAUGUAUAUAUCUUUCUCUCUGUCCUAGGUGUGGUUCGAUAGAUUAUAUAUAUAUCGUGCCUUGUUUCUUUUCUCUGAAUAUUCCUUUUUGUCCUUGAUUUACAUCAAUAAAGACGGGAAAAAAACUUUACUGAUCAAAAACAUGUUGCGAUGACGAAAUCGUGCGGAUUGUUGGAAACAACGAUCUGACAGAGCAACAUUUUUAAUAAAUAAAAUGAAAAGCUACACUAGUCGACGAUCUUGACUUCGAUCUGUCCAGAUUCUUAUUUUUCUUGAAUACCAGACAAGAAUCUUUUUUCUUUUCCUUUCAAUAAUUCUUAUUAUAUCUUAAAGAAAAAUAUCACGUGAUGUUUUCUGUAUAGAUACUUAUAAAUAUACAGAAGUUUGAACAUUAUAUAUUCUUUUUUUCUAGAUGACUCGGACGAACUAUAACAGAUAUAUUUUUUAAAUAGACAGUUUUGUUCAAGCGUUUUUCGCUUCUUUUUUUUUCUUUUUCUUAAUUUUUUUGUACGCGCCAUGAGCGCAUUGUAUAUUUCCUUGCACAUGUAAUGUAAUUUUCUUGUAUUUUUUAUUUGAAAUUAAAAUAUAAUAGGACCGAAAGGAGGAAUCGCAUGGAUGCCUAAAUGAAAUUCAUUUGUAUUGCAAGAAUUUUUUCAAAAAUGGCUAGAAAUGUAAGAAAACAAGAAUCUUGCCAAAAAGACAAGUUUUGUUUUGUCAGGCAAGAAUCUGGACAGAUCGACGACUCGUGUAGCUUUUCAUUUUAUUUAUUAAAGAGUGUCGCUCUGGCAGAUCGUUGUUUCCAACAAUCCGCACGAUUUCGUCAUCGCAACAUGUAUUUGAUCAGUAAAGAUCAUUUACCUCUUGGUAAGUUGUAAUAAGCAACUUUUCUCGUUG